GCAUGAUUAAUAUAUUUUUGCUGCUCCUUUGUGUCUUAAUUAAAGCAGAUGAAAAAUGUCUUGUGUAUUUGAUAUUGACACCACUGACUGUGGGGAUUUGUUGCCAUAGUCCAUAGUCAGCUGAGUAUUUUAUAAGCUUAAGUCUUUACAUAUAAACUUGAAAGGCUCCCAGAGUAACUGGUUUUUAAACAAAGUAAAAAUCUGCUUUACAAAAUGAGCAAUUUGGGGGGGCAUUUUAAUUUAUAGUAUGUAAAUUAUAAACUUCAUAUUUUAUCUCUGAGCUAGAAAAAUAGUCUAGAAACAAUGGAUGGUUCUUUGUAGGCUUAGAGAUAAUUUCCUAGAAUACAACUUGGGUCAUUUUUUUGUCUGUAUAUUGUAACAAGGGAAGCCUUGUGUUCCCUUUCUUCCUGGGAAUGCACGCUCCAGCGUGGGAGGAGAAAGCUGCUUUCCCAUUUCUCCCACUCUUUGUUGCUGCCAUGGUGGCUGGUGCAGGGAGACUGCAGCACAGGGACAGAAUGGGGCUUUUUUUUUGUUUUUGUUUAAUUUGAGAACUAUGAUGUGCCAUUUACACACCUAGGAAAGGUGCUAGGAAUAAAUAUACCUAUACAAACAGAAGCCAUGAAUUCUGGAUUUGGGGAAUGAGAGGAGAGGUUUUGGGAUGGGUUGGUGUUUGAGCUGUGUCUUGAGGUACCAGUAAUUUUCUAAUUAGGGAAGCAUGAGGGAAGGGCAUUCUAGACUGAGAGCACAGCCUAAGCAAAGGCAUGGAGGUGGGAGUGGGUAUUUGACUUGAGGAAUAUUCUAGAGCUUUUUUGCAGUUGGAACAUAGAGUACAGGGAAGAAAGAGUGCAAUGAAACAUGAGGCCAAGAAGAUAAGUUUGGGAUUGGGUCAUGAAUGCAUCGGAUAAUUAGCCUGAAGAAUUUGAAUUUGAUCCUGCCAGCAAUGGCGAAAUCAGUGAAGACUUAUGUAAGGAGUAGAGUGGCCUGCUCUGACCUGUUUAGGAAGGAAACCUGGUAGCCACAUGGGGGAUGGGUGGUGUUGGGGAGAGAAGGGAGGCAGGGAGAUUGUAGGCAGUGGGGUGAGGGGUUGGGGAUGGAACUUUUCUGAAUGUGCAGGAAGAGAGAGGGGAGGAAAUUGAAAACAGACCAGCAUCUGCACAUGUCAGUUGAUUGAUUCAACGAAACUUUAUGGAACGCUUGCCAUAUUCUGGGCACUGUGUGCAGUUGAGGCUACAAAGAUAAAGAGGACAGGAUGUCUGCUCUUGAGAACUUACCACUGACUGAGCCAAACACAGUUAACCCUCACCAUGUACCAUGACAUGGUGCAUGCUUUUCCAGAGGGGGCUAUACAGUGCGAGGGUUGCCUUGGGCACUGGGGAAGGGAGAGGGACAUUUAACCUGGGUCUUAAAGGAUGGUGGUGAGCUGAUUUUGUCUUUAGGUGGCUUAUUAAAAAUGGUUUCCAUUCUUCUGAGGGCAAAGACUGAUCUUUACUGCGGCACUAAAGGCCCUGCUUGUCCUGUCCCAUUCAUUGCCCCAGCCUCUGUUCCACCAUCUUCUCUUUGCUGUCCAGCUCUGCUGCUUCCAGUCUCUUGGAGGCACCACAUUCUCUCCUGACACAGAAAAUUUGCCUUUGCCUUUGUCUGGAGCUCACUGUCCUCUCCCAAAUUCCAGCUGAAUCUGCCUUCCUUGAGGAAGUCUUUCUUGAGUCUUUAGACUCAGUCAGACUUCUGGUAUGUACUCUCUUUAGCACCUUGUACUGGUCUUUCAUAGCACUUUAUCAAAGUCAUAAACUUGCAUUUAUGUGGUCCUUUGUUUCAUGAAUGUCUCUGCUCACCAUUGUGUCUUCAGUGUUGGACAGUGCCUGGCACAUAGAAUAUUCUCAAUAAAUAUAUAUUGACUGCUGGAGUAAAAUAACUAAAGAAGGAAUGUGAUAUUGUUUGGCUCUGUGUCCCCACCCAAAUCUCAUGUUGAAUUAUAAUCCCCAGUGUUGGAGGUAAGUCCUGGUGGAAGGUGAUUGGAUUAUGGGGGUCGUUUCUAAUGGUUUAGCACCAUCCCCCUAGUGCUGCCUCGAGAUAAAAGUUCUCAAGAGAUCUGGUUGUUUAAAAGUGUUUAGCACCUCAUCCUUUACUCUCUCUUCCUCCUUCUCUGGCCAUGUAAGAUGUGCCUGCUUCUCCUUCACUUUCCACAAUGAUUGUAAGUUUCCUGAGGCCUUCCCAGCCAUUCUGCCUGUACAGCCUACAGAACUGUGAGUCAAUUAAACUUCUUUUCUUUAUAAAUUACCCAGUCUCAAGUAGUUCUUUAUAGCAAUGUGAGAACAACUAAUACAGAAGGGUAUUUCAGAAAUAGGGAACAGCAUGAGCAAAGGGGCUGUGGCUUAUUUUGGGGAUAUUCUAGGAACAACAAGUGGCUGGCUUAUGGAGGGGGCUAAAGAUGAGGACAAAAGGUAUGCUGGGUACCUAGAAAGAACCUUUCAUGCCAUGCUAAGGACACCUUGUUCUUCUGCCAUCAGAGACUGCACUAGAAUUGUUGGCUUGAUUGAGUUAGACUAUAAGCUCCUUGAGGGUAGGUGAUGGGUGCAUCAAAAUCUCAGAAAUCCCCACUAAAGAACUUAUCCAUGCAACCAAAACCACUUGCUCCCAAAACUAUUAAAAAAAAAAGAAUGUGAUAUGCUAAUCAAGGCAGCUCACUACUAUAUGAGACCACACAAUUUUUCUUUUCAUUUUAAAUAUACUUUAAUCCAUUUUUUUGAUAAAAUGGCAACGUCACUCGGGGUUUGUUCACUGUCUAUAAAUAUGCAGUCAAUGGUCUGGAUCUGGAAUAAGUUAACUGGAUCGAAUAUUUUCCUAAUUUUUCAUUCCUUAAAGCUUUUCUUAGACUUCUGAAUUAUUCAUUUCUUCAUUGAGAAAACCACUCUCCAGAAGGUAGGAUGGAAAGAGUGUAUGGUUGGGCCCCAUCAGGCUGUGGGAUGACAGCAGAGUGUCUGGUGGCCUAAACUAACCCAAACGGGAUGACACAAACUGAACUUGAAGGGGCUGGGGACUUGUUUGAGGGGACUGGGAUAUUGUGGAUGCAGGAGGACCUUACUACGGGUAGAGACUAGAUGAUAAUGAGGGACACAUUAUUGAUAGAGAUGAAGACAAAUGGGGAAAUAGCAUGGGACCAAGGGCAAUGUACAAAGCUUUCAGAUUCUCAAUUUUUCAUCUCCCCAGAUCCAUGCUCUCUCAUCACUACCACCUGGAGCACCAACCUCCAACAUUUCCAGAGAGAGAGAGAGAGAGAGAUAUUACAAGAGGUUCAUGUGAUUAUGGGGGCUGUCUAAGCAAGUCAGAAAGUGCAGGGAAUCAGGAUGGGGAAGGUCAUGGGCAACCUUGAAUCCACAGACAAGGGCUGAAGUUGUUGUCCACUGACAGAUAGGAAGAGAAGAUCAUGAGCAGGAUGGAACUCCAUAGGCACUGGCCAGAGCUGUGGUCCACAGGUGGAAUUUCUUCUCUUCAAGCCUGUCUAUUCAGUGAAUACAUGACUUGCGUGGCAUGUGGGAUGAAAACAGGAAAAGAUCCUGGACUAGGAGUCAGGAGACCUGGACUUAAAUUGCCUCCACAUUUCUGUGGCAUAUUCACCUUUUGUGGCCUCAGUUUUCUCUGAUAGGAGAAGUGGUGGAUUCAAUGGUCUCUGUCAACAAAUUUUGCAAGUCUGAUAUUUCUGUAUGAACUAGAACUUGGGUAUUUCUACUUGGGUGGAAGAGAAAGACAUGGUGACCUGUUUAAAGGUGGCAGGGUCCAUCUGAAGGACAGUUGAGAAAAAGCCUUGAUGUUUUUGAAAAUAUCAAAACAGUGACUGAAGGAGGAGAGGAAGCAAGAAUUUCAAAGCUCAUCCACAGAUGGGCCUGGUGGGACAGGGAGUCAUCAGUGGGAGGAGGCAGGGGAGCAGGGCCAGGACUAGAGUGAAGCUACAUCAGCAUCAUCAGGGUGACAAUACAGACCCCAAGGCCCCCAUUCAGAGGAGUUAUGCUUUGGGAAGUUUCAGAUAGGGCGCUCUAGGGCACACAAUUUAAGAAGGCCUCACUCUUAGACAAUUCAAAUGCUGGCACUCCACUUGCUAGUGAGUAAGUCCUUCAAUUCUGCAUCUGGGCUCCUGCCUUAUCCUAGAGUGGUUAUUCUGUCCAAACCAGAGAAAUGGCUAGGGCAAACCAGAAUAGAUCAUCUAGAAUGGAAGGGCGUAGCAGUGAGAAAGAGAAAAGAAACGUUUUUAAAAAAAUUAUACUUUAAAUUCUGGGAUACCUGUGCAGAAUGUGGAUGUUUGUUACAUAGGUAUACAUGUGCCAUGGUGGUUUGCUGCACCCAUCAACCCAAUACCCAUUAGGUAUUUCUCCGAAUGCUAUCCCUCCUCUAGCCCCCCAACCCCCGACAGGCCCCAGUGUGUGAUGUUCCCCUCCCUGUGUCCAUGUGUUCUCAUUGUUCAGCUCCCACUUAUGAGUGAGAAUAUGUGGUGUUUGGUUUUCUGUUCCUGUGUUAGUUUGCUGAGAAUGAUGGUUUCCAGCUGCAUCCAUGUCCCUGCAAAGGACAUGAGCUCACCCAUUUUUAUGGCUGCACAGUAUUCCAUGGUGUAUAUGUGCCACAUUUUCUUUAUCCAGUCUAUCAUUGAUAGGCAUUUCGGUUGGUUCCAAGUCUUUGCUAUUGUGAAUAGUGCUGCAAUGAACAUAUGUGUGCAUGUGUCUUUAUAGUAGAACAAUUUAUCAUCCUUUGGGUAUAUACCCAGUAAUGGGAUUGCUGGGUCUAAUGGUAUUUCUGGUUCUAGAUCCUUGAGGAAUCGCCACACUGUCUUCCACAAUGGUUGAAAUAAUUUACACUCCCAAUAACAGUGUAAAAGCGUUCCUAUUUCUCCACAUCCUCUCCAGCAUCUGUUGUUUCCUGACUUUUUAAUGAUCGCCAUUCUAAGUGGUGUGAGAUGGUAUCUCAUUGUGGUUUUGAUUUGCAUUUCUCUAAUGACCAGUAAUGAUGAGCAUUUUUUCAUGUUUGUUGGCUGCAUAGAUGUCUUCUUUUGAGAAGUGUCUGUUCAUAUCCUUCGCCCACUUUUUGAUGGGUGUGUUUGUUUUUUUCUUGUAGAUUUGUUUGAGUUCCUUGUAGAUUCUGGAUAUUAGCCCUUUGUCAGAUGGGUAGAUUGCAAAAAUUUUCUCCCAUUUUGUAGGUUGCCUGUUCACUCUGAUGGUAGCUUCUUUUGCUGUGCAGAAGCUCUUUCAUUGAAUUAGAUCCCAUUUGUCAAUUUUGGCUUUUGUUGCCCUUGCUUUUGGCAUUUUAGUCAUGAAGUCUUUGCCCAUGCUUAUGUCCUGAAUGGUAUUGCCUAGGUUUUCUUCUAAUUUUUUUAUGGUUUUGGAUUUUACAUUUAAGUCUUUAGUCCAGCUUGAGUUAAUUUUUGUGUAAAUGUGUAAGGAAGGGGUCCAGUUUCAGUUUUUUGCAUAUGGCUAGCCAGUUUUCCCAACACCAUUUUAAGUAGGGAAUCCUUUCCCCAUUGCUUGUUUUUGUCAGGUUUGUCAAAGAUCAGAUGGUUGUAGAUGUGUGGUGUUAUUUCUGAGGCCUCUGUUCUGUUCCAUCAGUUUGUAUAUCUGUUUUUGUACCAGUAACAUGCUGUUUUGGUUACUGUAGCUUUGUAGUAUUGUUUGAAAUCAAGUAGUGUGAUGCCUCCAGCUUUGUUCUUUUUGCUUAGGAUUGUCUUGGCUAUGUGGGCUCUUUUUUGGUUCCAUAUGAAAUUUAAAGUAGUUUUUUCUAAUUCUGUGGAGAAAGUCAAUGGUAGCUUGAUAGGGAUAGCAUUGAAUUGGGUAGUCAGGCAGAAAGAAACCAGCUCUGGUUAAUCUCAAAUCUGCUCUUGAAGGAGAGCAGAGCUGGUUUCAGCAGCUCCUGAUCGCCCUACAAUUCUGAGUAUUCCACUGUCAUGCAACACCAGAGCCAUCUCUCAUGCUGCUCAAACAUGACUUACAGAGGCUCAGGGCAACUGAGCUACCUUUUUCCAGAAGUGGGACUCUUACAGAGAGAAGAGGGCCAGCCAGAGUCCCUAAGGGCUGUGCCAACCAGGGUGACAGAGAAGGUGGAGAGCUGUGUGCUCAAUCAUUUAGUCCUGCUUUCACUUACCUCUUUCUUAUCCCAAGGGAAAAAAAAAAAGGCAUUGCGGGUUAAAGGUGGACUUAAUGACCUUGUCUUGUAAGGUGAUUUCUGCUCAUCCAUUAUUUUAUUUUACAAAUAUUUAUUGAAUACCCAUUGUGGUAGUUACUAGUGCUGUUCACCAAGUAUUUCUGGCUCUGUGCUUCGCUGCAUAUUGUAGGAUUGCAUUUUCAUGGUCUCCUCGUGGUAGGGCAGAAGCAUGUGACAUCUUGGGCUAAUGAACUGAAAGUGGCCAGAACAUUACAUUUCCAGUGUGAAGUCCCCCAGAACCCUCUUUCUUUCAGCCACUGUGACCAGUAACAUUCCAGAUGGAGGCUACUCUAUUGUUUGGGUUUUUAACUGAGGAUAUGUGGACAAAAGUCCCCAGCUUGAUCCCUGUGAACCUGAAACAUAGGUAAGAAAUAAACCUUUGUUGUUUUAAGCCACUGUGACCUGGGAGGUGCUCCCUACUACAGCAUAACCUGGCCUAUCCUGGCCUAUACGCUUAAUAUGUACCAGACUGUGCUAGACACUGGAGACACAAUGCCUCACUCCAACACAAUGGAUCUCUUUGAGUAGAAUUUUGGCUGUGUGGCAGCUGAUGGAGGAACACAGCUCUUUUUACAAAGAUGAUGUAAGUCUGUCCAAGGUAAUGGCACACCAUGUACCAUGGAAAGAUACUCAGGGUAACUGAUGAUUUUAAAAAUAACUCUUUUGUGACACAACUUUCCCUCCUCCAAUUCCUGCUGCUGCUACUAGGCCUAAAGAAGACUGAGAAGCUUAGCUGAGAUGGUGCUUCCCCAGAAUCACCAGGGUAAAAUCAGACACAAGGACCCCCAUUUAGAGGGGUGAUGUUUCAGGGAGUUUCAAAUAGGGCCAAGGGAUGACUGUUUUAGUAUCAAGCUUCCCAGGGGAUUCCAGUGAACCACGCAGGGUUAAGAGCCAUUGGCCUGGGUGAGGGAAAAGAUCAGUCAUGUUGCCUGAUGCUUUCUUGGGUAUCUUCAAUAGGAAAAACCAAGUCCAGAGCAAACUCAGGGUUCACUGGCUAGGGCUUGCCCUGGAAAAUUUGGAAAUAGGCCUGUCUCAGCCUUCCUUUCCCUGGUGACCUUCUGUCAUUCCUCUGCCAGCCCUUUCCAAACCCUGUCCCUCCAGCAGAACCUGACUUCUGAGCCACUCCUUCAGGGCCUGGUUAGGUACUGUCAGCCUGCAGAUGCUACCAUGCACUAUUCCCAGGGUUAGGGUUUCAAUACAGUCACUGUAAACCAUGACCUCAGCAUGACACUGUGGAACUCAGGGCUGCUGAUUCUAUUUGAGCCCACACUAUCUACUUUUACCACCUAUCCUCUCAGGUCACUCCCGUUGGUGUAUUUGUUUGUCAUCUCAACUGGAUUAUAAACUCCUUUGAGAGCAGGGACUACAAUGUAUUCAUAUUUUCCAUCAUAUUUUCCAUGUUUUAAUUCAUCUUUGGAUAAUUGACAGUUGGCUGUAGUUUGUUUUAAUCAUUAUUUUGGAGUCUUUAGUGACCCCUUUCCAUUUUCAUUACCCAGGUUAAUAGAAAUUAGAAUCUACAUAAAAAUUGCUAUAUUAUCCUUAGAAACCUAGAAACCAAGGGGUUUAAUAGGGCCUAUUCUAGGAUAACUUAUGUUAUACUAGAAACCAAAGUUUUGAAUACAGCCUCCUCCAGAAUGAUUAAGUCACAGCCAGCCUGAUGGUGAUGAGAAUGGCCAGAGCUGGAGGCUGAGUUAGGGAGGAUGCUGGCUGCCAAGACUUGUGUAAAAGUGAUAUGAGAUCUCCCCACUAAGCACCCAAGCCACUACCAGCCUUCUUGAGGGAGAAUCUAGAUGAAAGGGGCAGACAGAGGACCAAACUGGUCAAGAACUAAGCUGCUAUAUUCUUUCUCCAUUCCAAGAUGGCUGAAUAGGAACAGUUCUGGCCUGCAGCUCCCAGCAUGAUCGAUGCAGAAGAUGGGUGAUUUCUGCAUUUCCAACUGAGAGCCUGAUGCUGGAUGACCAACCCCCUGUGGAGGCCCAGUAUGCAGAGGAGGGCCCAGGACCUGGGAUCUUCAGAGCAGAGCCUGGAGACCAGCAGCAUCCCAUUUCUCAGGUGGUGUGCUGGCGUUCCAUGCGACGUGGCUGUGCAGUGCUGGGAGCCCUGGGGCUGCUGGCCGGUGCAGGUGUUGGCUCAUGGCUCCUAGUGCUGUACCUGUGUCCUGCUGCCUCUCAGCCCAUUUCCGGGACCUUGCAGGAUGAGGAGAUAACUUUGAGCUGUUCAGAGGCCAGCGCUGAAGAAGCUCUGCUCCCUGCACUUCCCAAAACAGUAUCUUUCAGAAUAAACAGCGAAGACUUCUUGCUGGAAGUGCAAGUGAGGGAUCGGCCACGCUGGCUUCUGGUCUGCCAUGAGGGCUGGAGCCCCGCCCUGGGGCUGCAGAUCUGCUGGAGCCUUGGGCAUCUCAGACUCACUCACCACAAGGGAGUAAACCUCACUGACAUCAAACUCAACAGUUCCCAGGAGUUUGCUCAGCUCUCUCCUAGACUGGGAGGCUUCCUGGAGGAGGCGUGGCAGCCCAGGAACAACUGCACUUCUGGUCGAGUUGUUUCCCUCAGAUGCUCUGAGUGUGGAGCGAGGCCCCUGGCUUCCCGGAUAGUUGGUGGGCAGUCUGUGGCUCCUGGGCGCUGGCCGUGGCAGGCCAGCGUGGCCCUGGGCUUCCGGCACACGUGUGGGGGCUCUGUGCUAGCGCCACGCUGGGUGGUGACUGCUGCACAUUGUAUGCACAGUUUCAGGCUGGCCCGCCUGUCCAGCUGGCGGGUUCAUGCGGGGCUGGUCAGCCACAGUGCCGUCAGGCCCCACCAAGGGGCUGUGGUGGAGAGGAUUAUCCCACACCCCCUCUACAGUGCCCAGAAUCAUGACUACGACGUCGCCCUCCUGAGGCUCCGGACCCCUCUCAACUUCUCAGACACUGUGGGCGCUGUGUGCCUGCCGGCCAAGGAGCAGCAUUUUCCGAAGGGCUCGCGGUGCUGGGUGUCUGGCUGGGGCCACACCCACCCUAGCCAUACUUACAGCUCGGAUAUGCUCCAGGACACGGUGGUGCCCCUGCUCAGCACUCAGCUCUGCAACAGCUCUUGCGUGUACAGCGGAGCCCUCACCCCCCGCAUGCUUUGUGCUGGCUACCUGGACGGAAGGGCUGAUGCAUGCCAGGGAGAUAGCGGGGGCCCCCUAGUGUGCCCAGAUGGGGACACAUGGCGCCUGGUGGGGGUGGUCAGCUGGGGGCGUGGCUGCGCAGAGCCCAAUCACCCAGGUGUCUACGCCAAGGUAUCUGAGUUUCUGGACUGGAUCCAUGACACUGCUCAGGACUCCCUCCUCUGAGUCCUGCUGUUUCCUCCAGUCUCACUGCACACCACUGCCUCAUGCUUCCUGGGGCCUCCAGCAGCUCCACUAAUGGAGGAGAGGCAGUAGCCUCCGACGCAGAACGCAUGGACCUCCUACUACUGUGUGCGAGGAACAGUCACUACCCACCGGCCAGCCACCCAGCCAACAGGUCUCUCCUCUUGCGCCCUGAUUUCAGAGUCCUCUUUCUCACUAGAGACUCAAUGACAGAAGAGAGGCUGGGACUUGGUUGGGCAUGCUGUGGUUGCUGAGGGAUGAGGGGGAGGAGAGAGGUAGGAGCUGGAGAUGAAGAGGCUGCUGGAAGCAGCAGGAAGCCUGCCCUCCUGCCCUCUCCCCUCCCUGCCCCUGUGUGAGUCUUUUGGGAGGGUGCUGGGAGGUGCCCCCCGUCCCGCCUUUUUCCUGUGCUCUAGGUGGGCUAAGUGCCUCCCUAGAGGACUCCAUGGCUGAGAGGCUCCUGGGCAGAUGGGGUCAAGGCUGGGCCAGCCCAGAUGAAGCCUACGGGAGUCAGGACCCUCUCCACUCUCCCUCUCCACUCCCCUUCCUGUUCUCACCUGGCUGUGGCUGGCCCUGUGUGGGGUGGGUACACUGGAAAACAAGAAGGUUGGAGUUGGUCUAGGACAUUGGUUUUAAAUGACAGUUCUGUGAACUGGUCCAAGGAGUUCUGUUAUUAAAGUGAUAUAUGGUCUUGGUCCA